GUUGAUGUCCAGCACGCAGCAGUCUGACGCUGACAUUUACAAUUAUAAUCAGCACAACUUGCCACUUUCACGCCAUAAAAGGACAGUACUAACCGCACGGUGACCAGCAGGAAGUGGUCAGCUGUCAUGGCGGGCUAAUGGAGGUCAGCUGGCGUGAGCGACGUCGUUUCUUUGAAGGCCCUCGCCGUCCAGCAAAGCUCUGCAAAGACCACAAAAAACUUUUUUGGGAGCAGGAAGAGGAGCUCCUUGGGGUGGAGGAAGGAAGGAAACAUGGCACUGUUGUUAUGGCCCUCCCAGUGCUCCUGCAGAACCCGGAAGAGAGCUGAGAUGAGCUGCUAGAACGCCAGAUCAUCCGAUUACUGACUUGCAGGAGCCAGCCGGGCUUCCAUCAACAACAAACAUGGGAAGUGCGAUUGUUUCGCUGGCUUCUCUGGAGCCAGGAAAGGAAACGAGACUGGAGAGGAGGAAGAGGACUUCUGGGAAUGAGUCACAAGUCCUCCCUGAGUUCUCGCGGCGAUGGCGGAGACGGAGGUCAGCUACGCCUCGGUUGUCUUCAGGAGUGUCGGGCAUUCACCAUCCAGAGCACACGAGGCAGAAGAAACACUGUACGAUGAGGUCAAAGUUGAAAACGGUCUCCAUGGCGACGUAAAGGGGAGGCAGUCCAAGACCAGAGACCAGGACGUGGAGGACAGUCGUAAAGCUGCCGACGACGCCGCACCGAACCCCAAAGAAGCACGGAGUCGUCAUCCCAGUCUGCUGUUAGCUUGCUGCGCCAUGCUACUCUGUGUCACGCUGAUGCUCGCCAUCGUGGCCGUCUUCUUCUACCAGAAAACGGCGUCGUCCACGUCGGCGGAAAAGCAGGAAUGUACAGAAGGCGGCAAUGCCACGCAGGAAAUCCAGCAGCUGAGAGCCAAGAUAGCGCAGCUGGAGACGGACAAGAAGAACUUGACUCGACAGGUGAAAGCUACGAUGGCCGACUGGGACAAGUUCAACGUCUCCCGGGCUCAGUGGGCCGUGGACGCCUACUGCCCGGGAGAAAAUGAUGCAAGACAGUGCAACGCCUGUCAACACGGUUGGAUACAUUUUGAGUCCAGUUGCUACCUCAUCAACAACGCACAAAGACGUAAUCGCAAGACUUGGGAAGACGCCCGCCAAAGCUGCAAAGACCAAAAUUCUAACCUGGCUGUCAUAGAAAACCAAGAGCACAUGGUGUUCAUCUCAGAUAAGAGUUGGGGCAGCUCGGGCACCUAUGGCUACUGGGUCGGCCUGAGAAUGGAGGUCGGUGGAUGGAAGUGGGUCAACGGCCGAGAAGCAACUGAAGACUGGAUACCACGGUCUGGCAUUUCUGAGAAGGUCUGCGCCAUUUCUGUGGAGUCCGAGGGAUUGAAGGCUGUAGAAUGCACUGAAAGACAACGAUGGAUUUGCCAAAAGGCGGCCUUAUCACUUUAGACGCUGUGAUGCUCACUCACAUUAUAUUAUAAAGAUUCAACAACACCCGUGACCAGUGCUCUGAAAAUUACUUUAAAGGGGAACAUUAUCACCAGACCUAUGUAAGCGUCAAUAUAUACCUUGAUGUUGCAGAAAAAAGACCAUAUAUUUUUUUAACCGAUUUCCGAACUCUAAAUGGGUGAAUUUUGGCGAAUUAAACGCCUUUCUAAUAUUCGCUCUCGGAGCGAUGACGUAACAACGUGACAUCACAUCGGGAAGCAAUCCGCCAUUUUCUCAAACACCGAGUCAAAUCAGCUGUUAUUUUCCGUUUUUUCGACUGUUUUCCGUACCUUGGAGACAUCAUGCCUCGUCAGUGUGUUGUCGGAGGGUGUAACAACACGAACAGGGACGGAUUCAAGUUGCACCAGUGGCCCAAAGAUGCGAAAGUGGCAAGAAAUUGGACGUUUGUUCCGCACACUUUACCGACGAAAGCUAUGCUACGACAGAGAUGGCAAGAAUGUGUGGAUAUCCUGCGACACUCAAAG